AUGGUAAACCAAACAUCUGUGACAGAAUUCAUCCUUCUAGGGUUUUCUGAUAUUCGAGAGCUCCAGAUCUUACAUUUUGUGUUGUUUCUCUCUCUUUAUUUAGCAGCCUUAAUGGGGAACUUCCUCAUCAUCGUAACCAUAACCCGAAUCCAACAUCUUCAUACUCCCAUGUAUUUUUUCCUGGCUUUCCUAUCCUCCAUUGAUGCCUGCUACAUUUCUACCACUGUGCCCAAAUCCAUGGUCAAUUCCUUGAUUAAUGUCAAUGUGAUUUCAUUCUCUGGCUGUGUCACCCAGGUUUUCCUGGUUGUCACAUUUGCAGGGGCUGAGCUGUCCUUUCUCACUGUUAUGGCUUAUGACCGUUAUGUAGCAAUCUGCCACCCGCUACAAUACAUGCUGAUUAUGAACUGGAAUGCCUGUCUUCAAAUGGCAGCUGCUUCGUUGCUCAGCAGUGUCCUCAAUGGUGUGAUCCACACUGUAAACACAUUUAGGCUACAUUUCUGCCAGUCUAAUGUGAUUGAACAAUAUUUCUGUGAUAUCCCUCAGUUAUAUAGGAUAUCUUGUACAAACACGGAAGCCAGUGAGCGCUUCACGCUUGCCAGUGUCUUUUGUGUGGGGUUGUUCUGCUUUUCGCUUGUCUUGGUGUCCUACAGUUAUAUCUUCUCUGCAGUGUUCAAGAUUCAGUCAGCACAGGGAAGGUAUAAAGCCUUUUCCACCUGUAUCCCACAUUUGACCAUAUUUUCUUUGUUUGUUUCUACUGUUAUGCUAUCCUACAUGAGACCAAAGGCUUUGUCCUCUCCAUCUCUGGAUUUGUUGGCUGCUGUUUUGUAUGCCAUUUUGCCACCUCUGAUGAAUCCCAUAAUUUAUAGCCUGAGAAACAAAGAGAUCCAAGGUGCUUUGCGGAAAAUGUCUCAGAAAAAAUAG